AUGCCGUUCGCGCAGCUUGUUCUGGGUAGUCCGGGAGCUGGGAAGAGCACAUUUUGCAAUGGAAUGCAACAGUUCAUGUCUGCGAUCGGGCGAAAAUGUUCUGUUGUAAACCUCGACCCCGCCAACGAUCAUACCGGAUAUCCCUGCGCGAUCGAUGUACGAGAUCUAAUAAAAUUAGAGGAUAUUAUGGAAGAGGACGAGCUUGGCCCAAACGGAGGUGUACUGUACGCGCUAGAGGAGCUUGAGAAUAACGUAGAGUGGCUAGAAAAGGGUCUGAGUGAGCUUGGAGAGGAUUAUGUAUUAUUCGAUUGCCCCGGACAAGUCGAGCUCUAUACACACCAUUCCUCGCUACGAAACAUAUUCUUCAAACUACAAAAGCUUGGAUACAGAAUGGUUGUCCUACAUCUUUCGGAUUCUUAUUGCCUCACCUUGCCUUCCCUAUUCAUCUCGAAUCUAAUACUGUCCUUGCGUGCGAUGUUGCAGAUGGAACUCCCACAUCUUAAUGUUUUGACGAAAAUUGACAAGAUCUCCUCAUAUUCACCACUGCCAUUUAACCUCGAUUACUAUACCGAAGUACAAGACUUAUCCUACUUACUCCCACAUCUCGAAGCAGAAUCUUCGGUAGGAGAUAAGUUCAAGGGUUUGAACGAAGCUAUCGUACAGCUGGUAGAGGAUUUUGGACUUGUCAGCUUCGAAACACUGGCUGUCGAAGACAAAAGAAGCAUGAUGAGUCUACUUCAAGUUAUCGAUCGAGCAGGCGGUUAUGCUUUUGGAGGGGCUGAGGGAGCCAAUGAUACGGUAUGGCAGGUCGCUAUGCGGGAAGGUGUGACCGCAAUGGAUGUCAAGGACGUACAAGAGCGGUGGAUUGAUGCCAAAGACGAAUAUGAUGAGAAGGAGCGCAGAGAAUGGGAGGAGCAGGCCAAAGCUCGAGACGAGGCCGAGCGGGUGAAGAGAGCCGAGCAGGAGGAUGAUGAGAUGGAUGGUAUGUCGAUGCCACGCGGAGAUAGUGGUAUAAAAGUAGUUAGGAAACCCCAAUGA